AUGGACGCAAAGAGACAUCCCAGCUCCUUCCAGCAGCUGGAGAAGCUGGGCGAGGGCACCUAUGCCACCGUCUUCAAGGGCCGCAACCGCCAGACCGGCGAGCUGGUCGCCCUCAAGGAGAUCCACCUCGACUCCGAAGAAGGCACCCCCUCGACCGCCAUCCGCGAGAUCUCCCUGAUGAAGGAGCUCAAGCACGAGAACAUUGUCGGCCUGCACGACGUCAUCCACACCGAGAACAAACUUAUGCUGGUCUUCGAGUACAUGGACGGCGACCUCAAGAAGUACAUGGACACCAACGGCGACAGGGGCGCCCUCAAGCCCAUGACCAUCAAGUCCUUCAUGUACCAGCUGCUCAAGGGCAUCGACUUCUGCCACCAGAACCGCGUCCUCCACCGCGACCUCAAGCCCCAGAACCUGCUCAUCAGCCCCAAGGGCGCCCUCAAGCUCGGUGACUUUGGCCUGGCUCGAGCCUUUGGCAUUCCCGUCAAUACCUUCUCCAACGAGGUCGUCACCCUGUGGUACCGCGCCCCGGACGUCCUGCUCGGCAGCAGGACCUACAACACCAGCAUCGACAUCUGGUCCGCCGGCUGCAUCAUGGCCGAGAUGUACACCGGCCGGCCUCUGUUCCCCGGAACGACCAACGAGGACCAGAUCGUCCGCAUCUUCCGCAUCAUGGGCACCCCCACCGAGCGCACCUGGCCCGGCAUCACCCAGUUUGCCGAGUACAAGCCCACCUUCCACAUGUACGCCACCCAGGACCUGAGGAAUAUCCUGCCCCAGAUCGACCAGCUCGGCAUCGACCUGCUCCAGCGGAUGCUGGUCCUCCGCCCGGAGCACCGCAUCAGCGCCCACGACGCACUCCAGCACCCGUGGUUCAGUGACAUUGUGGUCCAACAGCAGAUGCAGCAACAGCAGCAGCAGCAGGCCAUGCACGCCCAGGCCAGGGGCUAUGCACCGCAGGUCUCGGUUCCCGGUCAAAAUUACGAUGCCGGUUACUAG